GUUAAGGAGCCACGUAGAAAUGGAGAAGCGAUUCAGAGUGUGGACGUACAAGGAAGGGGAGCCGCCGCUGUUCCACGGCGGGCCGAUGAACGACAUCUACUCGGUGGAGGGGCAAUUCAUGGACGAGCUCGAGACCGGAAACAGCCCCUUCGAGGCGGCCUCCCCCGACGACGCCCUCGCCUUCUUCCUCCCGGUCAGCAUCACCAACAUCAUCCGCUUCAUCUACCGCCCCUACACCUCCUACUCUCGAGAUCGACUCCAGAACGUCGUUCAGGACUAUAUCGGCGUCGUCUCCCACCGCUACCCCUUCUGGAACCGCAGCUCCGGCGCCGACCAUUUCCUCAUUUCCUGCCACGACUGGGCGCCAGAUGUUUCGGCAGCCAACCCGAAGCUCUACGAAAACUUCAUCCGAGUUCUCUGCAACGCCAACGCAACGGAAGGCUUCAAGCCGGUGAGAGACGUCUCCGUGCCGGAGAUCAAAAUCCCGUACGGGAAACUAGGGCCGCCACGCUACGGCCAGCCACCUAACAACCGCUCAACCCUCGCCUUCUUCGCCGGCGGAAAACACGGCGACGUCAGAAAAGAACUUCUCAAGCACUGGAAAGACAAAGACGACGACGUCCAAGUCCACGGUUACCUCCCUAAAACCCUAAACUACUUCGAGCUAAUGGGCAAGGCCAAGUUCUGCCUGUGCCCUAGCGGAUUCGAAGUUGCGAGCCCCAGGAUCAUCGAGUCCAUCUACGCUGGCUGCGUUCCGGUCAUCGUCUCCGACGGCUACGUCCUCCCGUUCAGCGACGUUCUCGACUGGAGCCAGUUUUCAGUUCAUGUUCCGGUGGCGAGGAUACCGGAAAUCAAGGAAAUUUUGCAGGGAAUCUCCAUGGAAGAGUAUUUGGUGAAGCAGAAGGCCGUGAUGGCUGUUCAGCAUCACUUCACCAUCAAUCGGCCGACGAAGCCGUUUGAUUUGAUGCACAUGGUGUUGCAUUCCAUCUGGCUUCGGCGGCUCAAUUUCCGGCUGCCACUGUGAUUUUGUUUUUUUUUUUUUAAUUUUAUACUGUAAAUUAAAAAAAUUUAUAGAAAAGAUUGAAAAGAUAUUUUUUAAG